CAUUAGUCCGUAUCUCACGCCCUUUACUCAAGAAAAUUGAGGAGUUUUUAGAGAGACCAAUCUGUUCGGGAGCUUUCAAAGGCUUCCGAUGCUCUUUUCACACCUCUUGCUCAACAAGGUGGCUUCAAAGAACGCCCGACCACCGCCACUGAUAUUCAAAUGUCUGUGGUUGAAGCACACAGACACGCCAAGCGAGCAGGCACACACAUGCGCCAUCACUCCUAUUGUAGGUGUGAAGUGCAUGAUUGGGUAUAUAACUAGUAGAGACAGUGGCGUGCCCUCAGUUCAGAACACCAGAACACUCUUCACACGACCAAGAUGGAAGUCUCCGCUCUCGCUUACUGCCCGCCGUUCUCGUCUAUGUCAGCGCAUCCCGGCUAUGCUGCCUUCUCCGGACCGUCCGUCCACAGCUGCCGACCGGCUCCGUACGGCCUGCCCUGGCCCUGCCCGCCGACGUGCUUCCAUCCCGGCCUGUCUUCCCUGGUGAAGCCCAGCGAGCUUCCCGUCUUCUACCCGAGGAUUAACUUCGGUCUCCCCGCCUCCAGUGGGAAGCCGUCCCCACCGACAGCGGACAGCCAUCCUGUCCAGCCUAGAAUCGAGUCCUUUGGACCCAUCCCGGGACUCCUCCCGACGGCAGGAGACCGACGCGUCCAGAACAGUCCUUCGGGGUCCGACAGGACGUCCCCCCGCGUGCCAUCCACGUCCCCCUCGCUGGAGAAGUCAGCGAGCGACCGAGCCGAGUUCCGGCUGACCCAGGACAAGUCUGCGUCCAGAGAGGUGGAUGUGACCAACGGCAAGAGGAAGAGACCAGAGAAGAAGUUCCCGUGCCCUUACUGCACGGUGUCCUGCGCAAACAACGGACAACUGAAGGGGCACCUACGGGUUCAUACCGGCGAGCGGCCGUACCCUUGUGACCACCCCGGCUGCGGACGCGCCUUCGCCCGGAACGAGGAGCUGACCAGACACCGCCGGAUCCACACCGGGGUUCGCCCCUACCCCUGCACGGAGUGCGGCAAGGCCUUCAGCCGUAAGGACCACCUCACCAAGCACGCCAAGACACACCUGAAAGGCGCCGAGAGAAGGGCGCUCCUACGGCGAGACCCCACGGUUUGCAAGGACACUCGGAAGUUCAGUCCGUACGACACACUAGUACUCACACCACAGGUGUAUUCCUCCAAGUGACACUUCUAGAAGAGUAGAACUCAAUAGAAGAAAGCGUAAUGUUUUCUCUGACUUGUAAUUGCUUAAAUUACAUAAUGUGACGAGGAGCGACUCAGCUCCUAUGCUACUGAGCCAAGACGAGGUCUGUUCCUGGUAAAAACCAGACUGUGCGACCGAAGGGCUGACGAGCCACGAGCCAAAGCUGCAAACUGCAGUACCGCUUCGGGCAGCAAGGAGACGUUUCUGACACGCUAGCUUGACAACUUCCGCCUUAGGAAGAGCUAGGCGUCCUCCGAAAGUUAUUUUUCGCCGAAGUGAUCCCCAUUCAAAGAAAAAUAAUGUGAAACAAAACAAAAAAGACAAAAAAAAAAUAGAACGGGAAUAUCUCUAGAAGUUGAAUUGUCUAAAACAUUUCAAAAAUUGACCGAAAAUUUUCCACCUUUCUGUUUUCUCACUUUUCCGUGGUUUAUUUGAUGCAUGUCAAACCCGCCUGAAAACGUUUCUUGCCUUUAAAUAAAGUUUUAAAAUUUUUGGUCCCUGCCAAUAAGCGUGGUAACUGACUGAACUGAACGCCAGUUACCCAAGCUUUUGAUCAAACACGCAGUCAUUCAAAAAAUAAUGCCUAUCUCUAUCUCGUCUAUUGGAAAAUAGAAAUCAUUGGAAAGAUAUUGAAGUAUAUUAUUUGAUCACAAAUAUAGUUAUUUAAUGUAUCCCCAAAACCCGGUACAAAAAGCUUUUAUGAUACGAAAAAAUUUCAUUUUUUUACAUCUCCUAUUUUCCCUGACCAGUUGUGGAAAGCAGAAACGCUACCAAAUGUGUAAUCAAUCAUCGAAAGAAAGAAAUGUUGUUCUAACAAUCUAUACCUACAUAAAUAUGUACAUUGAAAUGCAAACAGUGAUGUAAGAUCUUUUCACAGUGUUGCAAUAGAUUUCAUGUACUGUAGGUUAGUGAAAUGUUGUAUUUUUGCCCAACUCUGCAAAGUACGCUACCAGAUGUGUUACCAUUGAAAGAACUUAGAGAACAAAUGUUCUUACAAUCUGUACCUACAUAAAUUUGUACAUUGAAAUGCAAACUGUGAAGUAGGAUCUUUUCACAAUGUUGCUAUAGAGAUUUCAUGUACUGUAGGUUUGUGAAAUGUUGUAUUUCUGCCUAUUUCUGCAAAGUACGCUACCAGGUGUGUACUCACUGAAAGAACUUAGAGAACAAAAGUUGUUCUUACAAUCUAUCCCGUACAUGAUUAUGUGCACUAAAAAGCAAACUGUGAUGUAAGAUCUUUUCACAAUGCUGCUAGAAAUGUCAUGUACUUUGGGAAAUAUUGUGUCUAAGUGUUCCUCGAAUAUUGCGGCAUACAAGGUGUUUUUUGCUAUAGAUUAUUCCUAGGUAACACAUGUAUGUACCAUCUUAUGUGUGACGUUACCAUCAAACUGAAUAUGUGCAAUAAAACAUCUAUUUCCCAUCAAA